AUGAAGUUUCUUCUCCCCGUUCUUCUGGCUGCUCCAGCUGUCAUGGGUCGAGCUUGCAAGGCUCCGCAACCCAGUGCCGACGCUGUUGCCCCAGUCUACUCUGUUCCCAAGGAUGCGUCUAUCGUGCCCAAGCCUGUCGCUGACAGUGUUCCUGUUUAUACCACCCUUGCGACUCAUGUAGCUGCGUCCAGCAAGCCUACUGAAGUUGCUGUCAAGCCUCAAGCUGUGUCCAAGGUCCAGGCCGUUUCCAAAACCAAGUCUCAAACCAAGUCCAAGUCUAAGCCCAAGGCCAAAUCUCAGACUGCAGCCAAGUCCCAGUCCAAGGCUCUUGGUAAUGGCGCGUCUGUCUCUGGUUCAUCCACCUUUUACGGCGGUAAUCUUUCUGGCGGAAACUGCAUGUUCACGACUUACACUCUACCCGCCGGUAUCUUGGGAACUGCUUUCUCUGGCCAAAAGUGGGAUAACGGCGCCAACUGUGGUGCUUGUAUCGAAGUCACCGGUCCUUCCGGAACCGUCAAGGCCAUGAUUGUCGACAAGUGUCCCGAGUGUGACCCCGGCCAUCUCGAUCUCUUCCCCGACGCAUUCAAGGCCGUCGGCGGCACCAACGGCAUCGUCAAGACCUCCUACAAGUUUGUCGAGUGUGGCAUCACUACUCCUCUUGUUCUUCACAACAAGUCUGGCACUUCUGCCAACUGGUUCUCUAUUCAGGUAGUCAACGCCAACGAGCCUGUCAAGAGCGUCGAGGUCUCAGUUGAUGGCGGCAAGACCUGGAAAACGACUGAGCGCAAGGACUACAACUUCUUUGAGAAUCCUGCUGGUUUCGGCAAGGAAUCUGUUGAUGUCAAGAUUACUAGCAGCACUGGCAAGACUGUUAUUAUUAACAAGGUUGGGGUUACUGCUGAUGCUCAGUACAAGGCCAAGUCUAACUUUUAG